AUGUAUGACUUUAUAAUUUCCCCCCCGUUUUUCACGCUACAGCCCAAUGUUGACACGAGACAGAAGCAGCUGGCGGCCUGGUGUUCCCUGGCUCUGUCGUACUGCCGGCAUCACAAACUCUACACCCUGGACGUCAUGGAGGCUCAGGAGAGCCCCGUAUUCAACAACAAGAAGAUAGAACGAAAACUGUCAAUGGAAGCAAUUCAAGUUGUGUUUGAGGAAUUGAGGAAAAAAGGGAACCUCGAAUGGUUGGACAAAAACAAGUCUCGGUGUUUAGUCAUGUGGAGACGACCGGAGGAAUGGGGCAAGUUAAUAUACCAGUGGGUUUCCAAAAACGGGAUGGUCAACUCUGUGUUUACACUUUAUGAGCUGUCCAACGGUGAUGACACAGAAGGGGAAGAGUUCCACGGUUUAGAAGAGUGGAUGCUGCUGCGCUCGUUGCAGGCGUUGCAAACAGACGGCAAAGCGGAGAUCAUCACCAUGGACGACGGAAAGGGCGUGAAAUUCUUCUGAAACGGUGCUGGAAUCACACACACACUGUCUGGGAGCCCUCAUACUUUUACCUCACAGGCAAAAAUUUUAAGAUUUAGCCAUUUAAGGCUACACGGGGUGCACCUCAAUGCCCGGCCCGGAGGAUACCGCUCCUGAAAAUGUUGUUGCCUUUUGGUUUGUUCAAAGCCUUUUCUUAUCGGAAGAGAAAAUAUCAUUUCUGAGUGUUUGAGGAAAAAGAGCAUUUUAGGUGACACCGCGUUUAAAGUAGUCACAGGUAACAUUCGUUGCCAUUUAAACAUGCAAUGGGCCUUUCAGGGGACUAUAACUAUCAUGAGUUCUCAUGGGGAAUAUCUCUCCCCAAAAGCUGUAACUUUACUCUUUCUUCAAUGUAAAUACGACUAGUUUUAUCCCAAUUUUUCUCCCUGUUAACAAAUUUCCUUGAUGUAAUUAGCUCUGGACCUUUUCGCUCAGCUGUUCCAAUCAGACAUCCCAAAGAAAUCCCACAACGCAACACCAGGGGGACUUUUUAUUUUGAGAGGAGAUGCUUCCAGAAGAGGAACCCCGCAGAGACCGGGACCACCAAUCCCUGCUCGACUCAGCUGAGUGUAUUAAUAGUGGACUUCAUGUACAGACGGCCGUCAUCCUAUUAUUGUGCAGUAGCUACUGUGACACUCCUGUUAUACUCUCUCUGUCUAUAUUCAACUUUCUUUUUUUCAUAUCCCGUAGGACAAAUAAAUUAGAAAUUUGCUA